UCCUCCUGCACUUCCUUCCGUGUCUAUUAAUCCACUUGUUGAUGUAGGAGGAGGAGGAGUGAGCCAAGAAGGUGUUCAAGUUAAUGCUCAGCCAUGAUGGAAAUGUUUAUUUAAAAACAUUUAAAGCACUCGUUAGCUUGGCGGGGUUGAGUUAGUGCCAUGUUAGGCUUGAGGGAAGCCGGCGUCAUCGGCGUCUCCGUGGCUCUGGCGGGAGGACUGGCCUAUGUCAUCUGGAACUACGCGUCCUUCUCCGGGGAGAAGAAGACCGAUAAAACUCACCGAGAGAAAGCCGGGAAGGGAGUGGAAGAAACGAUUUUGGAGGAGAAGAGGGAAGAAGAUGCCGAAGAAACAGUCGUUGAUGCUGCUGUGGAGCCCGUGGUCGCCGCCGAGAGAGUGCAAAAAGCAUCCGAGCAGCCCAGGCUAGCCAAGUCAGAGGGUACCCAAGUCCUGGUUCUGGGUCUAGAUGGAGCCGGCAAGUCCAGCCUCCUGCACUGUUUGGCCAUCGGCAGCCUGGACAUGGAUUUGGAGCCGACACACGGCUUUCACGCCGUUUCCAUUAACAGAGAAGACCUCCAAGUUGAGUUCCUGGAGAUUGGCGGUCACGAGGCGCUGAGGCCCUACUGGCAGAGGUACAUGUCCAAGGCUCUGCUGUUGGUGUUUGUGGUGGACUCAGCCGCCACGCAGCUCUUUGCUAUUGUCAAGACGUUGCUGCACGGCUUGUUGAGCUCCGACCCCACCUUGCCUCUGAUGGUGCUGGCCAACAAACAGGACCUUCCAGGUGCUUGCAGCAUCACUGACCUCCACGACGCUUUGGAGCUUUCUCACGUUGGAGACCGUAAGAUGUUCCUCAUCGGUACGUGUGUGAAGAAAGGGGAGGCGGAGCUUAGCUCAGGUGUUCAGGACGCUCGAGAUCUCAUCCUCCAGAUGGCUGGAGGCUAAUAAGAGUCGCUAAUUCCGAUCUUUGAAUUCGGUUGGUGAUUGUUAUUAAUCAGGAAUGUUUUUAUGUCCUUGUUAGACCUAUUUCACUGUGCACCAACUCCACUGAAACAUAAUACAUCGGUGUGAAAACGUUUUUACACACUUACGUAAUUGUUUCAGAUCAUCAAAGUAUAAUUUAAAUAUUAGUCAACCUUUUACGGCCCCGUGUGACAAAAUGGGAUUGCCCUCCAACCCUAAUAACUGCAAUCAUAGCGUCAAAUUCAGGUCAGGACUUGGACUACUGUUGUGGGGUCUUUUGUGACCUCUUGGAUGAGUCAUCUCUGCACUCUUGGGGUCAUUUUGGUUGGCCGGCCACUCCUGGGAAGGUUCACCACUUGUGGAUAAUGGCUCUCACUGUGGUAUGCUGGAGUCCCAAAGCGUUAGAAAUGGCUUUAAUAACCUUUUUCCACACUGAUUAAUUAAUCUCAGUUAUGUUUUAACUGUUUAACUGUUUAACUAAUACUUAAAUUUGUUUGAUAUGAAACAUUGAAGUGUGACAUACAUAUCAAAAAAGAAGAAAACAGGAAGGGGGCAAACACUUUUUGACACCAGUGUAUUAAUACUAGGAAGUAUAUGUAAUUAUACAUAAUAAUACAGGAAGUAUAUGUAAUUUGACAGUCACAUAUAAAUAUGAACUGCAUGUCCAAACCUGCAGCAAAGCAAGCCUUCGUUAAGCCCUUUAAGUUUUUAAAUACAAGCCUUUAUUUGUCUACCAAAAAAGUUUAAACCUAACCAAAGAUGUUUUUUUUUACCCAGUAACAGACUAUAUUUAUCAUUAAACUAUCCAUGCUUUAUUACGACUUAAGUCUGUAGCAUUAUGACUUAUUUCAUGUAUGGCUUUAUCCUCCGUGUGGCCGUAAUACUCAUACGUAAUACUCAUUUCAACCACCGGGAGGCGCUAAAUUUCAAGAAAAGGAAUGAAAGUGAAAACCUAUUGGAUGUAUUUUUUACACCAUUUCCAGAUAUAUAUUUACAUAAAUACUUUAUUCACAGAUUAUGUAUUCUUAACUUGUAUGGAUGCUAAAUAAAAAUUAAAACAUAUUUUGUAUUUUGUUUUGAGUUUGGCUGCCUGAUGUUUACUUAACAAUAUCUUAAUUUAGCUGGUAAGAUCUUUUACUUCUUCCUGUUGUCUUAGUACUUUACUGUGUUUGGUGUAUAGGAUUACUUCAAAUGUAAUAAAAAUAUCCUCAUAA